GCGCGCGAGCAGCGACGGAGCCCGCGCUAUGUGUUCAGGCGCGCGCCAACUGCACGAGGGCCUCGCGACGGAGUGAGGGAAGACGAAGCGAAGAGGAAGAAAGCAGGGGAAAAAAGUGGAACCCGAGGAUCAAAGCACAGAAAGAGAAGGGGAAAAGGCAGUCCGAGGAAAGGCUCGAGACAAACCGAAAACAGAGUGAAAAACAAACAAACUUUAUCUGGACGUCCGAAACGGGGGGAGUUCACUUCUAGCGCGGAGAGAAGGGAAACAAGGAGAGGAGCGCGUGAGACCUGCUGGCGUGACGCGCGCGGGGGAAGAAGUGAGUUGACAGCCGAGCAGCUCUCUCUCUCUCUCGGAGCGGAGACCCUGGGGGCGGUGAUGUUAGCCGUGCUGCUGGGCGCCUUGUGGCUGGCGAGUCUCGCGAGCGCGCAGAACGAGACAGAGCCGGUCGUCCUGGAGGGGAAAUGUCUGGUGGUCUGCGACUCCAACCCCACCUCGGACCCUACGGGCACCGCGCUGGGCAUCUCGGUGCGCUCCGGCAGCGCCAAAGUGGCCUUCUCCGUAGUAAGAAACACCAACCACGAGCCGUCAGAGAUGAGCAACCGCACCAUGGUCAUCUACUUCGACCAGGUUCUCGUGAACGUUGGUAGGAGUUUCGACGAGGAGAGGAGCAAUUUCUUCGCCCCGCGCAAAGGGAUUUACAGCUUUAAUUUCCACGUCGUGAAGGUGUACAACCGCCAAACCAUCCAGGUGAGCCUCAUGCACAAUGGGUGGCCAGUGAUUUCGGCCUUUGCUGGGGAUCAGGACGUGACUCGUGAGGCUGCCAGUAAUGGGGUUCUGAUCCAAAUGGAGAAAGGUGACCGCGCCUACCUCAAGCUUGAGCGGGGCAACCUGAUGGGCGGCUGGAAAUACUCCACCUUCUCUGGCUUCCUCGUCUUCCCCCUGUAGAGGAGGGGCUUGCCACGGAGGGACUAAUGCUCUUCAGCUCGCCGGCCUGGGGGAGGACUGUGGAGAAUGAGAGAGAGAGUAUGAGAGAGAGAGUGAGUGAGAGAGUGGAUGACAGAGAGCGUAUGUGUGAGAAAGAGAGAGAUAGAGUUUAAAAUUUAAAAAAUAGAAGGAAUAGGCAAGGCAGGCUCUCCAACACACUCGCUCGCUCUGCUGCUUGACUACAGCUCUGGACAGCCAAAACUUUUUUUUAUUACACUUAUCAUUAUGGUAAUUAAUGAUUAACGAACAAACUACAGAGGCUAUUGCCCCCCCCCACGCACAUAUCAUCCAUACCUUCAUCUGCUUUAAGGAAUGUCCAUCACCACUGAACCGCAACCUCCAUCUGUCCUCUGACCACCCACCUCCAUUAGCUCACAUUAAUGCUUAGUCCUACUCUGUGUACAUUCUCUCCAUGAACAUUACCUCACACACUCUUCCCUUCCGUCCUGAUGGUUAAUUUCAGUCACUCUGUUGCGUCUCUCCAGUCCGUCCUCUCCUCUCACAGUGGGGUGGGGGGGUGCCCUUUGCUCUUUCAUGACUGGGGAAUCUCCAAAUCUCCUCAAAGAGACUCUUGCUGUAUACCAGAUAUAUAUAGAUAUAUAAAAAACCUUCAAAUUUCUAUAUGAUAUACUCUAUGGCUAACUGAAUCUGGUUGACUAUCUGUAUUUCCGUAUUUCAGUGUUAAUACUUAGUGAUUGUGUGUGUGGAUCAUGAGGCUGCUGCCCAGCUACCGAUGCUUCUUGUUUUUGUUUUGGUCAAAAAAAAUGUGGCUACACUGAACCUAUAUCAGAAUUACUAUAAAGGAAUUUUAUUAUCAUUGACUGUAAGAUAUAUGUGAAUAUUAAGCAGGCAAAACUCCUCCCUUUUACUCAUCAAUCAGUUGAUUUAAUGAUUGUUUUUUUAUUAUUUGCUUUGAUCCAAUAAAAAUUAAAUGGUCAUUUUUAUUUUUCUUAAUCUGAUUCUCGGCCUUGAAAUGUGAUCCAGCUGUUGGCUUGACGAACUAACUACUUACACAGUCCACAUGCUACGGAGGUUGCAUGUUUGUGUGUGUGUGUGUGUGUGUGUGUGUGUGUGUACAUGUGUGUACACCUAUGUUCAUUUAGGUGUCAGCAUGCUUAUUUAGAAUAUGUGUGUGUGUGUGUGUGUGUGUGACAGUGACACUGACUUGUUCAGAUCUCUAUUCCCAGUGACAAGGAUUUCUCCGGCUGGUCUCUCUCUCUGUGUCUCUCGCUCUCUCUCCAGCAGGUGAUAGGGGCCUUUUCUCCUCUGCAUUCAAGACUUUAAUGAGCUCCUAGGGGGAAAAUAAUGCUUGCAUAAUAAGCAAACUCCAGUGUUUAUGCACAAAAUCAACUUGUGUUCAUCUUUUCUGCUAUUUUCCUUUCUUCACCCUGUUACCCCUUCUGUCCCAUGUCACUCCCAGUGUUUCGUGCCUUCUGGCAGAAAUUUGCACCCUCUGAUUUUUUCUGUCAUAACCUCUGUUAUGUUUAUUGUACCAAGUGUCAGAUGAAUUUGAGAUUUAUUCAAGCAUUGAUACAUCUGGCACACAUUCACAAAGUGUGCUCUGCAUUGCUAUUAUGAUUCCCAGUUGGAUUGAAAUGAACGACUUGGAGAGAGAAUGGAAGAGCCUCCUGCUUUUUGUGGAAUAACAAACGGAGAGAAGGAGAUGUGCCUUGGCUGCCAUGGCCCAUCAGUGUCCUGUUAUCCACUGGUUCUAUCAGAGUCAACAAAUCUCAUAGAGCUGCAUGGGUGAGAAACACAUAUAGAAAUGGACACUUCCUUCUUGCUCCAUGAUUUCCCCUCACUACUCAGUGAUCCGUUGUGUGUUGGGACAGCUAAUGAUGACCACCUACCCUGAAGAGUGUUGGCUAAAACUUAAUCAGAAGCUUAAGAGGGUGAGAAGUGAAAUUGAGAGUCUUCAGUGAAGUAAAGGUGCCUCCACCUCCAUUACAUUCCUGGCCUGUGCAAAAGGGCAUUCGAGGAUUUGAGGCUUACCAUAAUACAGGCUGCCACUGCCCUGCUGGACUCUUUUCUCUUGUCCACUGCAGGGCUGAGUUUAACUGUUCUAACAGCCUUUCCACUUGGGUGCAGUUUGGCGUGUCAUGCUAACAAACCAUAACCAGCAUGCUUAGCCAACUGUGCUCAGAGCAGCAGAAGCAUGUGAGUCGUAUGACCUAAUGACACACUGAUUGGCUUUAUGCACAUAUCGCUUUCGUCAUGCCUCAUUCAGUGUUGAAACUGAAAACAGCCUAACCAUACAAGCCAAUGCUGGUGUAGAAUGGCAUGAUGGCAUGAUAGUGGUCAUUGGUCCUACAGUGGGCUACUGAGAGAGUUUUCAGAAACAACUGCUGUAAUGCCUGCUGCGAGGAGUUGAGCUGCUGAGGAUGGUGUGCUGGUGUAGUAAACUGGGAGGAGGUUGGUGUCUAUAUUGGCCUUUGUUUGCCUGAAUGCUUCUGCUGAGGAGCGCUUAUUAGGACCCAGCGGCCCAGCCAUCCAUCUGAGGAGCAGACUGGAACAAGAGCCGACAGGCCGGCCAGGCGUGAAGAAAGAGAGAGAAAGACAGACAGAGAGAGAGACAGAGAGAGAGAGAGAGAGAGAGAGAGAGAGGGGUUUUUCUGUUCUCUAAGGUGGAGAAUGUGGGAUAUGGUGGAACAGACAGAACAACUGAUAGAGCGCUGGUGCAGAUGAUAGCCGUGUGUGGGUGUGAAACACUAGUCUACUGCUCUACUGCCUCCUUUUAACCUCUCGGUGCAUUUAAUGUCUGAGCUGAAAAAAUGCACAUAUUGCACUGUAUUUUUUAGGCACCUUCUCAUUCCUACAAUGGAAAAAAAAAUCUAAAAAUCUGCACAAUGCAAAUGUGUCAAUCAGUAGCACAUAGUGAACUCAAUUAGUAAGUAACUGAAAGUAACUGAAAGACAGCAGUAGUGUUGACAAAACAUAUUGUUGCUGUUCAAUAAACCCUGUGUCUCAUUUUUUAAUUUUUAUUGCAUCAUUUAAUUGCAGCAACUGUCCUUUGUAUUAUAUGAACACAUGAAGAUAAAUUGAUCAAUAGAAAAAAAGCUUUUUUUUUGCUCGGAAUGUAAUAUUUUGCCAUGCACUUGCAUCAAAUGGCAAAAAAGGUUUUGCCUUCUCCUAUAAAGCUACCAUUUUGAAAAUAUAUAUUUUUUUGGACAGCAACAAUAUUUUAUUUCUGUAUGACCAAAUUAUGUUAAUUCAAAGCACCUUUUGCAGAGUGCAGGGUUGUGUUUUUCAGGCCCUGACACUGACCACCUGGCAAAGCACAAUUUAGCCCAUUAAACACAUAUCACUGCUUAUCUGCAAAAUCAGAAAAAUUGCUUUAGGUGGAUGAGUCAUUCAUAUCUGUAUGUACUGCAUGAGUGUGAGUUGGGUGACCUUAAGGUCACAGGAGAUACACGACGAGUAAUGUGCAUUGUGGCGUGCACCAGGUGUGUCUUUGGGCAUGAGCCCGGUCCGCUGACUGGAGGCUGACUUGCAAUCCAUCUCUUCCGCUCAGGCUACACUGCCAGAGUCCUCUCGGCCUUCUCACACAGGAGCUUUGGGCAAGUGGCCCCUAAAGGAACGGUGUAAAAACAGCCAUAUGGUAUCACUCCUGGAGGUGAGAUGGCAAGAUCCGAUUUAAGAUUGAUAGAGUGGCAAAAGGGAGAGAGAGCUUGCUUUGUCCUUCAAUUAAACUGCUGCAAGUGCGUUUAGACCCAAUGUUGUACAGCAUGGCUUAAACUUAUUUAGCCAUUUUCAGAUAAUCUUGUUAAAGGUUAAAAGAAGAGCAGCCAGUUGUAAAAUAAAGAGUAAAGCCAGACCUCACUACUCUUCCAUUUAAAAAGCAGCACAUUCAACAUAUUGGCUAUUACAUAAUAAAGAUGCAUUUAGUUCAUAACCUA